AUGGGCGGUACCUCUAGGGCGGUACCAUACAAAGACAGUGACGAAACCAACACGUCAAUACACGAGAAUAUUAAUAACCCGGAAUCAAAUGACAAGAUAAAAUCUGCGAGUCAAAUUGCUUCCAGUGAUGUGGAUGAAAAAUAUCUGACUUAUCUACCACAUGGCCAUUUCCAGAGUCAACGUAUCGCAUUAGAGAAUGCGCUAAUUCUCGCAUGGAUGUUAAAACGAACUUUGAUAAUUCCUCCAAUAUUAUUCGGUGUAGCGCCACAAUAUAGACCUGCCCCAAUGCUAAUGAAUCAAUUGAAGCAAUAUAAUAUCAAAAAAAAUGUCGCUGAUUGCGUGAAAUUCAAAAACGAAAAGCAACGAGCAAAAUGUCUCGAUCGAGUCAACGCGUAUACUUUAUACCCAUGGGAUAAAUUGAUGGAUAUGAAUUUCAUCAAAGAUCAUGUGAGAAUAAUUAAUCGUCCUGAUUUUGUUUUAAAAAAUCUUAAAAGACAAUUGAAUAUCAAACAUGAGAAGGACAUUUACUUUCUUGAGGACACCUCGCAGUAUGAUUAUCGAAUCUACGAUACACCCGAAUCUGCAAUCGGACUUGAUGGAUAUGAAACACGACUCUUAACGUCGACCUUGGAAAAGAAUAAUGCGAAACUAUUACAUCUUAAUAGUUUAAGUGGAAAGAAGCGUCUAGUUCUCGAAGAAGGAAAAAAUCUUGAGUUUGCAAGACAAUUUUAUCGUGGAUUUAUAAUCAAUGCGCCUGAAAUUGUGAUGGCUUCUGAUCGAAUAGGGAUGCAGUUGGGAGGUGUUGGGAGUUAUAUAGGAUUACAUGUGAAGGUCGGUGAGAAGGAAUAUUUCAAAUCGUUAUCGGGAAAAACGGGAAAAAAUAUAACUAAAUUAGUAAAUGAAGAAGCAAAACAAUUCAAACCAAAUUACAAAUCUACAUCAACGCGAAAGAAAUGUAGGUCGACAUUUUCUAAAUCAUCGAAGACCGUUGUGUACCUGGCCAUGGAUGGCGAAAAAACACGUGAACAAUUGGCACCAUUGUUUCUUAACUUUCCAUGUACUUUUACUUUGUUAAACUUUGAGACCUACGUGACAGAAUUGAAAAACCUGACAAAUAUGGCGGAAAAUUCAUUGGAUCAGCCGAUAGUUCCUUUUCUAUGUAUGCCAAACGGAUACAUGACCUUACCGUUGCAGUUUGAUUAUAAUAAUUACGGCCUUUGUUGUUAUCAACCUCACGGAACUGGGCAAUUUGUUGAUACAUACGAUGUGUCUGGACUGCAAGUAUGUAAUAAUGAUAUUGUCGCCGUAAAACCCUCAUUUAACCCGGAAACGUAUCGUAAAGUUGAGGAUUGCCUCUCUUCUACUGGUGCAAAAGUCAUUUUUCCCUCAGACGCCAGCUAUGAGGAAGUGAGACUUGGAGAAAGGAUAAGAGUCCAAUACUUUCCUGAUGCUGUUGCUUUUCCUACAAACUCGACACAAGUUCAAGCUUUAGUUCUUUGCGCGAAUGCAUUUCAACGUAAACCUGUGCCUAGAAAUGGCGGUCAUAGUUACGAGAGCUUUUCAUCAAGCAAUAAUUCAGUCGUAAUUGAUGUUAGUAAUAUGGUUGAUGUGAGCAUCGACGAGGUUGCAAAGAAGGCGAUAGUUGGUGCUGGUAUUCGUCUUGGUCCAUUGUAUCUACAAUUAGGCCAGAAAAAUUUCACGUUCAUUUCGGGCACUUGCCCGACUGUUGGAUUAACGGGUAUUAUAGCUGCAGGGGGUUUUGGCCCACAAUCGAGAAACUAUGGGGUAAGCGGAGAUCUAGCUUUCUCAGCUCAAGUAGUCACAGCAGAUGGUAGCUUACUUAUCGCCAAUGCCAGCCAAAAUUCUGAUUUAUUUUGGGCUUUAAGAGGUGGUGGAGGAGGAAGUUAUGGGAUUGUCACUCAAUGGACAUUAAACCUUAUUCCUGCUUGGCAACAAAAUACUGUCUUUCAGAUAACAUACCCAAUUAAGUCAGCCGAACAGGGACUCAAAGUAUGGUCGUCUUGGGCACCUGACUCACCCGAAAAUCUUACCACAGUGUUUGUUAUGAGUAAGAAUGACGGAUUAACAAUAACUGGUCAUUAUUUAGGCACUUCAGACCAAGUAAAAACUAUAUUGAACGCGAGUGGACUUCUGAAUCUUGGUGAGAAACCAUCAGACGAGGAAUAUAAAGAGACCAAUAUUUUAGGUGUGCGCGUAUAUUUUGCCGAAGAAGAUAAUUUGUCAAAAUACAGUGUGCUGAAUAUCGGUACAUCACCAUUUACGAGCAAUUAUAGUCACUCCGUCGCGACAGUUGGAAUAUUAUCAGAUUACCCACCUGGUCCUAAACAACAGCGCGAACUCGAAAAAACAAAAUCAAUGUAUUUUAAUGAAUCUUUCACCUUGGAGCAAAUCAAUGUUAUUGUGGAUCUUGUUACAUCAUGUCCAGGUGAUGCAUACGCUGAGUUUGAAGCUUAUGGUGGGAUAUUUAGCAAACAACCAUCGAAUUUAACUGCUUAUGUACAUCGAUCAAAUACAAGGCUAGGGGUACAAGUGAGUGUGUCUUUAACCGGUGACACAAAAAAAGAUAAGCAACUAUUGGAUUGGAUUAAAUCUUGGGAUACUAAAGUGAGACCUUUUUCUGACGGUUCAAGCUAUCAGGGUUAUGUUGAUGCUGAUCUCACUAAUCCACAAGAAGCUUAUUUCGGAAGCAAUCUUCCACGGUUGCAAAUUAUUAAAGCAAAAUACGACCCUAAUAAUACAUUUUCAAAUCCACAAUCAGCGAAUCAUGGACUACAUGUAUAA